CCCAGAGCCCCGGCGUGGCUGACCCCCUGCAGCAGGCCUACGCUGGGAUGCACCACUACGCAGCAGCCUAUCCGUCGGCCUAUGCCCCAGUGAGCACAGCUUUUCCCCAGCAGCCUUCAGCCCUGCCCCAGCAGCAAAGAGAAGGCCCAGAAGGCUGUAACCUCUUCAUCUAUCACCUGCCUCAGGAGUUUGGUGAUGCGGAACUCAUACAGACAUUCCUGCCCUUCGGAGCCGUUGUCUCUGCCAAAGUCUUUGUGGAUCGAGCCACCAACCAGAGCAAGUGUUUUGGGUUUGUUAGUUUUGACAAUCCAACCAGUGCCCAGACUGCUAUUCAGGCCAUGAAUGGCUUUCAAAUUGGCAUGAAGAGGCUCAAGGUCCAGCUAAAGAGGCCUAAGGAUGCCAAUCGGCCUUACUGAUCUGCUCUCACUGACCAGCCACAGAAAGAAACUGAAGAGUGAGAAGAAAGGAAAGGAAAAGCACAGAAACGCUUGAGCAGCCCUUCCGGAAGGAGCAGCUGCAGAUGGAAGUGGAUCGGACCCAAGGCUGGUGCCUGGGGCUCAGGCCACUCUGAGGAUUGUUUUUAUCAAGCGGGUUGUUCUGUGCCUGCAGCAUUAGAGCUCAGGCUAGCAGGGCAACUAGGACUGGCUGAAGAUUGACUAUCUAGGGGAAGCAGCAGAGGGCCCUGGGGGUGCCAAGGGCUUCUCACAAGGGAAGCCCAGAUUUACUUCUUUCAAAACCAUAUCAUUCCUUAGAGUUUAGGGACCAAAGGACUAUUGCUUUUUUAAGAAUAUAUAUAUAUAUAUAUAUAAAUUAAAACAAAAAAACAAAAAACACAAGAGAAACAAAAAAGACAAUAUAGAGUCUCAUAAAGCUGCCUUUAAAUAUCCCUAGGAGACAGGGUGAAGGAGACCCUUGAUAUCCCCAGCCUAGGCAGAGGGAGGCUGUGGAAAGAUUGUUCUGUGUCUCAUUCCCUCUUAAACCACUCCCCACCCUGCCCCUUUAAAAAU